CGACAAUCCAGUGAAACUGCCAGUGGACUAUCCUAUCGCACCUCCCCGAGUCUUCCCUACCAUCGCUCACGCUCUCGGAGCCUCAAAUACACGUGGGUCGAGUCUACCGUCCCGCAUGCGCGAUAGUCGCAUAGUCUUUCUCGCUGUAUGCAAUGUCGGUUCUGUUUCUCUGACGAACGCUCUGGAUACUGUGGCGUCAAGAUCUGGUAUCCUAGGACCUCCGCCUUUCGCUGCCGAACCCGAACCUUUCGUUCACCUCAAGGAACACCUCCGGCACGCAGUCGUUUCAUGUCGUCUGAGACCUUCAGCAUAAAUGGCUCGAGAACUAAAAUGAAGCAAGUGCUGCGAUCGAGAGCCAAGUCACCUUGGCCCUGAAAUCCCCCACGAUCUUCGGAUUUGGCGGACAGAUCGAAACGGCUGGUCUCCAUCCCCGAGACGUCCGCGACAUUGUUGCCUUCAGAAUUCAGAUUCACCCCCUUCUACGUUCAAAGUGCCUUCGUCGAAUUCAACGGACCCCCCCAAAAAUGUUGGACGCACGACUGGGAACAUCCAGGACGCAGCUUCCGUAAUUCUGGUAGCAGCCUCGUCCCCGCUGCUCUGAUACAUACUUCUUUCGGCGACGGGACCGUGCCAGUCCUACCGGUCGAUCGCAGCCGGCCGCGCUCGAAGUCGGUGACCUUUCGGAUGGUCUAACGAUUCCAGGCCUCUACUUACCGCCUGUUGCAUUUGGGAGGCCCGGACCCUCGAUGGCGGCUCCGGGCACGGUAUCUACUGAUCAGCAGCAUUGUAUCUCUUCCCCCUUGCCGUACAGGAGAUUUGAAUCGUAUUGAUACUGCUCCUCGGAAGACCUCGGUGUCAAUCACAGAGCGUGCAAGAAUUGGACAUCAAGUACACUCUACAAUAUCUUGCCGAGCUUAAUCUUUGAUAUCGUGGCUGUGCACGACCAGCUUAUGUCAUUGCAUGUAAACCACCCUUGAUACCCAACUAGCCCGGUCUGCGACGUCCAUGUCCAGCCUAGUGUCCAUCUUUUCAACGGCUGUCUGCAAAACUCUGACACAUGCCCUCACGUUCGUCGUAUGCACCAAAUUCAUCAGGCUAAAACGGGCACGGAGGGCUGCACUGUCAGGAUGUCCAGGGCGGCAGGGAUUGACAGUGUACCGAAGACUGCCACAAUAUCUAUGUAUAAUCCCCGCAAAGCCCUCAGGCGCGCUCGUAUCUGAUGUGUGGCAGCCAAGGACUUGUGGUAAUCGAAGCGCAACAUGGCUUCGGGGUUGAAGAACUUGGAAGGGUCUGUUCCUGAACCCAGUGUCAGGCCACGGUCGUCGAUACCCAAGCCUUCAAGAUGAUGAUGACUUUGAGCCUUUCCGUGCCCCCAUACUUUCUCCGACAUCUUGGCUACGUACAGUAUCAAAGGCUAUCAAGUGCUUCCCCGAAUAACGACGUACUCCCUCCAGGAUCUUCGCCCCCCCGUGCUUCCUAUCGCCCAUGGUUUCCCAUUGCAUUGCUUUGGCGACCCACUAGAGCGAGAACUGGACGACCCUAUGAAACCGUUUCGAGGGCUGCUGCUGCUGCUGCGUGCGUCUCCUCGGUUCCCAUUUCACUCAACAUUUGCGACCGAUAGAGUUCUGCCCUGGACAUGUCAAUGCUCGCUACUCAUAAGGAAGCCGCCGGUAAUUCUGGGACAAACUCGAGCCCGUCGUUGGCCGUCUGGGACUUGUAUCGCGCGCUUGCUCUCUCUCUCUCUUUCUUGUCUUCAGCAACAAUGCAAGCUUCCCCGAUGGAUUCACUCUCGGCGCCGCUCUCGAAUGCUCUGACCUCGACGAGCAGUGGGUCGCAGACUGUGGGUAUCGGACCGGGGCAUGUAGCGCGUUUUGUCCUUCGUCCCAGGGGUCCUAAGUGUCUUUGUCAGUGGUGACAAUAUUGAUCCUUCCUUCUCGAUGACUCUCGAAAGCAUUUUCAUUGCAACGCCGUCGACUGCGGCAGACUCCACACUCUCUUCCGAACCGGAUGUGUCGCCAAACCUGGUCCAGACGUCAACCAACAGCGCGUUUUUCAUGACCACAGACCAGUACCCGACGGCACUCCCUUUUCCAAGCUCAGCUGCUACGUCUGGAAUCACGACGUCUCUGCCUGCCUCUACCAGCCCUCCUCACUUCUUUGGCUCCGCCGAGACGAACGUCCCGGCCGUCAUGGCCAUACUCGUUAUCGGAGCCGUCUUGGUCUUCCUCUACAUCCUCUUCGCAAUCCUAUUCGUUAUCCGCAGGCGGCGAAGCCAGCCCAGCGCCCAACGCCGACAUGCGGUCCUGUCCAAGGUCCGACCGGAUACGCGAUCGACGCCGAGGCGCAAGAACACAAUCUCAUCGUUCUUCCCGGGCCGCCAAUCCGAUGUCGCAGGCCGUCUCCAGACGACUGGGUCGGCUGAGAGAUUGUCUGCUGGUGCCGCUGGGGAUGCGUAUGAGUCGACUGAUGACGGCACGCACGUGGACCCGGCGGUGAGCUCGAUGGUGCCGCUGACGGCCUCGGCGUGGUUCAUUUGAGCUAUGUAUAGCCAGGUGUUCGACAGAUCAUCUACGCUGGCUGUGCAUUCGCGGGGUAUCAUCUCACUUGAUCUGCGAAACCAACAGCUGGUCGCUUUCCUCCCUGUGGGAGUCAUGCAUGAGAAUGGGACCGCGUUUCAGGCAUUUGGCCCGUCAAGCACUCGUCACUGAACAUGCAUCCAGUGCCGUGAACCGCUGGAUGAUCUCCUCUGCUCAACGAGUCCUUCCCACACAUUCCUUGCUUCUGCUGCUACCACGUAGCACUAGUCAUUCCCUUCCCUCUUUCUGCAUGUCUUCCCCAUCUCUGCCUCCACUUAGCGGCUCUGCGAGCCAGUCAUCAUCUUCGCUUCUCGCCUCGUCCUCAGCGGUACUUUGCCCUGGGCAGCUAUUCACCCCGGGUGGGCUGCGCCUGUCGGUUACGAUCACGAAUCCGACGUUCACCGUCGUGCCCAGCUCAGCGACUCCCGGGCCCGAGACUGGGCAGCCGCUGACGACGGUCGUUUCCAGCGCUCUACUCCCGGGGUCGGCAGGAUCUCCAUCGGUCGAUCCUGGAGUCACACCGGCUCCGAGUCCGACACGAUCCCUUGCUCGACCCUCUUCAAGUGUUGGACAGGUCUUUGUUGGGGCCUCGGGCUCGACUUUCUUGUCAGAGAUUACGACUGUUGCCAUUCUGCCAAGCAGUCCAGGCUCUGCUUUCGGACUCCUCCCAUCUUUCCUCACCUCGCAAAUCUCUAGUGCAACACCGACACUGGGCCUGAGUCUCAUCAACUUGCUCCCCACCCUAGUCAGCUCGGCCACGCGUGGCCUACCAAGUACAGGCAGCGAUCUGGGUGCAGAUACGGCUUUCAGUACAACGGUCCCCACCACAGCAUCAUCCGAAGCGACGCAAACACCUCCCCUCGUCGAAUCCCAGCCGAACUCUGGCCCGCCGCACAGAGAUAUCACCGCAAUAGCAGCCGUCGGCGGGGCACUCCUUUGUCUCGUCCUCAUCCUCGUCUCCGCGCUCGUCCUCCUGAUCUUCCGUCGGCGGCGCCACCACCGCCGCCACGUAUCUCGUCUCGAUCGAGAAUCCUCGGCUCUGGAAACGCGCCAGACCGCGUCGCCGGCAUCGUCGUUCUUCCCCGCCAUGCGUCGACACACGGAUCCCGCGCUCGACGUGCCGUCGAAUUUGGGCCUGGCUGUGUUUCCUGCGACGCUGGAGGAGAUGCUGGAUAUGCUGGACGAGGCAGAGCAAGGGCCGGGGAGACGGAUGCGAUAGGGUCGUGUCCGUGAGCGCUGCGCGAGAGGAUUACGGAUGUGCUGUAAUCGAUAAUAUCGGGAGAUGUACGACAUUAGGAAUCUCAUUCGGGGCGAGCGCACGGUAGAGCGACAGUCAAUUCAGCCAAACAGAUACUUGAUUGACGGAAGUUGAAUGUAAAAGGAGUGCGUAAAAUAAGAACAGGAUGAUGACCGGUUGCGAGCGCAACAAAACAAUGCUCUCCAUGAGGGUCGAACUCAUGACCUCCAGAUUAAUGAUGCAACAUCACUCAUAUACAAUAUGAGACUGGCGCUCUAACCAACUGAGCCAGGAAAGCGAUGCAGGGCUCAAUACCAAUGUAUAUAUAGAGCUCCC